AGUGGUCGUUGUUGCAGUCCGCUGCAGUGCUCGAGCGAGCAUGAGCUGGGUAGUCACCCAGCGUCAGCUUCACCUUGUUUUCCUUCGAUCCCGGCGACAAUUGCACUCGACGCCAGCCGCAUGUCAUUACAUUCUCGAAAGACUCGAGAGAUGCAAGUUGGCAUGCAAAAAGCUGUGGAUGACAUCACUAGAUAACGUGUUUUCACCAUCAAAGCCAUUGUCACCAAAAAUAAUUCCCGUGGAAAGUAAUUUUAAGAGACUCGAUAAGAGAUCGCACAUUUAUUCAUCAACCGGAUAUUUGCUAGCCGUACAAAUGCCACGAAGCAGAAGACGUCACCGCUCGCGAAGCCAUUCGCGGUCACAUACACCAGCUUCUCCACAAUAUGACCACAAGCGGAGACGAGUUGAUUACGACAGUCCACAGAGCAAAGGAACAUACAGUGGCGAGAGGGUCUUACGUUCCCGUCAGCACGAGCGGGGCACGUCUCAGGAGCGCCGUUACAAGCGCUCGCACCGUAGGUCGCCGUCUUCGUCACGCCAGCAUCAUAACACCACGUCGUUCCAUGCGGUGGUACGCGAACGCGAAAGGGAGCGCGAUCGUCAGGAAGCCGCCACGGCGGCAACCUCAGCGGCACUCGCGGCGAACCAUUCGACUCAUCCACCGAUGUCAACGGCAACCGACAAGACAGCGUCAUCGACAACGUCGUCGUCAUCUUCGAAGCGCAACAAGGCACACCGCCAUCGCUCGACCGCCACGCCACCGCCAUCCAAUCACGAGCGACACCGACAUCGUUCACACUCUAAGAGUCAGAGCCCACGAGCCCACGCGGCGAGCAUUGGAGUUUUGCCUUUGCAAUGUAAAUAUUGGCAAGAGCUCGCGGCGUUUACGUAACGCGCAGAGCCGUGAUUCGCGGCAGCGUCGAGGGCUUCUUGGCUGUCGUGGAAAGCCUUCGCCAGUCUGGGCGAGAUGCGAGUGGAAGCUCGGCUAAGGUCGAAGCAUCUCGCCGGCGAGGGAAGUCGGCGUUUGGAAAGCACAGCAGGGGCCGCGCGCCAAUGCCGCCGUUCGAUCGUCGAACCGAGCGAAGGUGUUCGGUCGGCCGUUUCGUCAGCGGCCUUCUCGCGAACUAGUUCGGCGAUCGACCUAAUAACGAUUUUUAAUAAUA